GCUAUCCGUUACCAUAUUUGUAUUUUUUUAUUUGUCUUAAGGAGUUAUAAGACGUAACACAAAGCAAGUAAUAAUGUGGGAUUCUACUAUUUUCAUAAUACGUUGUCGAUAAGACUAACAAUAUCAUGUGGUAAUUAAUGGGGUAAUUGAUCUAAACAGACCGUCGAAUAAUCAUCUGGUAUUUUAUUGAUACGAAUGAUCGUCCAAUGAUACCAUUAAUAAAGACUAGACAUCGAUUAAUGAUACCAUGAUCAUAGUUUAUUAUAGGACAUCAUCUUUUCAGAUUAAUUAUUUUGAAGCACAGCUUUUGUGCGGCCAUGUUAUUUAUUGUAAAAUGAGCGCUAUUAUCGCAUAAUGAUAAUUUUUGUUCAAUAAUCAAGUAUAUUUUUAUUAUCGGUAACUAUUAUUAAUUUUCAAUGGAAGUGAUCUGAUUAUUGUUAGCUCCCCUUUAAAAUAUAUUAGAUAUAAUUAUACACUUGGUAUGAACAAUAUUGUGGAAAGAACAUUUAAUCAUGGAAGGUAUGUGCCCUAGAAAGUUAUUUCACGUUUGAAAACGUUGUUAUUCCCAGAAAUGGAUUAACGACACUGAUUUCCAUGAAUUGUUAUGUCUGGAUGGAGGCUUAUAAAAAACUUAUGGGUGGGUAACUCAAGCUUGGGUAACCAACCAAUCCUAUGGGUUUUAACCCCCACUAUGUAAGCCUAGAACAGGAGGUGGUGACUAGUGCAAGAAGUGGAGGAAACACUGGCAACCAUCAUGUCUGUUUAGUUUGUCAAAAAGCAGAUAUCGAGACGUAACGUUAGUUGUCGAAACGUUUUUCGUGGAUAUGAAAGCUGUUAAAAUUAACGCUAUGAAAGAUAGUUUAAAUGGUUCAAUUUCGCCCGCAGAAAGUGUUGAUCGCUCGGAUCAUAUAACGGUACGUUUAUUAGAUCUGGUGAAAAAUUCUGGAUAUGAUAUGAUCCAGGAGAAUGGCCAACGUCGAAUGAGAGCACCGGAACUCUUUCGGGAGACCCAGUGGGAAAGAGCGAAAGGGGCGGAGAUUUUCUUGGGUCGUUUACCAAGAGAUUGUUUCGAAGAUGAACUAUUGCCAUUGCUCGAACGAGUAGGUCGUGUUUUUGAACUUCGUUUGAUGCUUGACUUUUCUGGUUCCACGCGAGGCUACGCUUUUGCACUUUAUGAAAAUUCGCGAAUUGCACGACGUGCUUGUGAGAUUCUAGAUGGUUUAGAAAUACGGCCGGGUCGCCGUAUUGGCGUUGUCAAGUCCAUUGACAAUUGUAGAUUAUUUUUUGGUGGUGUGCCCAAGGAUAAAAAUAAAGAAGAGUUUUUGGAGGAACUCAGUAAGAUCGUCGAUGGCAUUACGGACGUCUAUGUUUAUCCAAGCUCGCAAAAUCGUAAGCUCAAUCGUGGAUUCAUCUUCGUUGAGUUCAAAGAUCAUAAAUCUGCAGCUAUGGCUAGACGGCAAUUGGUUCCUGGCAGAGUUGUUUUGUGGGAUCAUGAAGUCGCCGUCGAUUGGGCCGAUCCGGAGCCUGGAGACUUGGUUGAUACUGAAAUUAUGGAUACGGUGACUACACUCUUCGUGAGAAAUCUCUGUUUGGAGACGCCACAACAAGUUGUCCGUGAAAUAUUCCAACAAAGUACCGGGAUUCCUGUGAUGAAGAUAAAGAAGAUUAAUCAUUUUGCAUUCUUGCAUUAUGAAAAUCGCGAACAGGCUCGUCGUGCUUUGGAAAUGAUGAAUAAAUCGGGCAGCGUGGCUGAGAAAUCUAAUUGGGAAGUACGAUGGGCAAAACCGAUCAGCUCAGUAAAAGCGCAAGAACGGCAGCGUUGCAUUAAUGACGCCAUUGCGACUUCUGCUCGUAGAAAACAAAAAUCACUUGCGAAACGUGUUUCUCGUCGUUCACGCAACUCUACUAGUGAAACCAAAAUUGCCGUCAAGAAUGAAUUAGUGGAUAUUCUAGAUUAUAAGAAGAUUCUCGAAAAUUAUACAAGAAAUAAAUUUUCGGGUGAAUGCAGAUUUCAGUGUUAUCAAUGUCCUUAUACUUUCGGCUGUAGAUGUGAGAUUACAUUAUGCCGAGAUAAUAAACUAUUCUUCCAACUUCAGGGAUCUUCUUUUUCUACGCCCGAUGAAGCUAUUGCACGUACUUCGCGUCUGGCUUAUGAAAAACUUCGCAAUAUGACAAGCAAUUCAGGUAUCAAAGAAGCUGUGUAAUUUCGUCUUCACUUUCGAUUUAUUUUUAGUACUCGCAAAACCUUAGCAUACAUCUGUCGAAAAAAUAAAUGUAAGAAGCGACAUAAAAUUGCGAUUAAAUUAACUUACGACAUUGAAAAUGUAAAAUUAUGCUCGAGGAGUAAUAUUAGCUUACCUAAUACAAUAUUUAAGGUCAAGUCAAAUUAACAAUUGGUAUAAUUAUUUAUGCAAAGUAAUCAACACUGUCAAAUGCGUAUAUCCAUUUCGCAAUAAGAUCUAACAUGAAUAUCAUGAAAUACAUCCACGCGUUUUGUCUUUUGGUUUGUUAAUGGCUCGAUGCCAAAAGUAAAAUUAACUGAUUUUUUUUAUCUAUAAAUCAUUUUUAAUUAAAAGAUAUUCAGCAUCAGCAGAUAUGUUUCCAUGUGAAAGUUCAAAAUUUCCGUUUAUUCUUUCUGCAUUGUCCGUUAUUAUCAGACUGAUUGUUAGCGGCCCGAAUAACACGACGAACAACAGCGCUAUCAUUUGUAUUAAGUCGUUUUAAAUAGUUUAUGUACAAUUCUAUGGUAAUUUGUUAUAUCAUUAUUUCAUUUGAGACUGUUCGCAAUUUAUAUUGUCGCCUAAAAUCUCUCUAGUAGAAGAUUCAUUUGGUAACGUUUCUGUUUUUAUAUCGUUAUAGUCUCCUUCUUCGUUUGA